AUGUGGACAUUGAAGAAGCUAUCCUUCCUGGCAUUCGCAACCUUCAUGGUGUCCGUUCACGGACAGGUCCUUCGAAUGGCAAAUGAGUGUACGCCUGCUGGAGGGUACACGCUGUGUCAGAAUAUCUUAGCAGACGGUGGAGACCAGAUGUCAACUGCUAUUAGAUCUUCACCAGCAUCCGUUUCGUGGUCUUCCGAGUUCAACUGGAACUCAAGGGAUUUCAACACUGCAAAGAGCUUUCCAAAUGUCGAGUCUCACGCAGCGAGAGGCAUUUCACUCCACAGUCUACCCACGGUUGCAGCUGCCUGGAACUGGAACUACAGAACAAGGUCGGAAACAUUGAAAUCUGUCGUUGCCUUUGACAUUUGGAUUGGAGCCGGUUCAGCGAGAGGAGCAGGGUCAUCGCACCAAGUACAAAUUUGGUUAUCUAAAGUGGGAGGAGCAUGGCCUACCGGAUCCCAAGCAGGGAUUGCACCUUGCAUCGCGGGUUACGAUUGGGAGGUUUGGCGUGGCCGGAAUGGCUCAACCGAGGUGGUCACCUUCACCAACCUCGAGAACGCGGACAUCACAAACUUCACAGGGGAUAUGGGUGAAUUCUUCGAUUACCUUGUCCUUGAAGCAGGUGUACCGGAGAGCAACUACAUCCAGAGCAUUCAGGCUGGGAAUACCGUCUUCAAUGGCAGAGGAAAUUUCCAAACUUCUCUGUACACCCUUUGGGUCGAGUACCCUCAGCGGUAA